AUGGCAACGGCUCGACAACCGACAAACGGAAGCAGCAGCAGCAGCAGCGGCCGCUACAGUGGCAGUUCCGUUGGUGAGACCGGGCACAGCGGUCAACCUUUGCAACAAGGCGUUCAGGGCGAGCAGAAUGGCGACAGCAUUGAUUGCUCAGGACAAUCCCACGAAACCGCCCAAUGCCACCAGCCGGGCGUCGACCCUCUGAUACCGACGCGCUCCGUCCUGCCAAUGUCUUCCCAAGCCUCUUCGUCGUCGACGGCAACUACUGCCGUCGAGAUACCCUCGGCUAAUUUUGUUGCGCGUCUUCAUCACCCCCAUCAGUCAGGUAUCAAUGCGAAACAGGCACCUUCCUCCCAACCUGAUCACAAGGUCAUAUUCUCUGUCCCGGCUCCUGCGCUAGAACGCUCCUCUGGCCGUGGGUAUUUCGGUGGCGGAGCCCCAUUAGACGACACAAUGGCCCGUGAUCUGUUUGGGGCAGCUGAGCAUUCUGACGGCUCAGUGGCAACACCGUCUGCCGAUGAUAGCUGGCAACCGACCGACUAUCAGAAGGCGGAUGCUAGGCGAAAUUCGCACGCCGUGGCUGGCUUGCCAGCAGGGCCUACAUCUCACCCUCAGACCACUGGUCAUCAUGCAGAUGGGCGUCGAGAUUCCGACGAUAAGUCCGAUGGCAGUGCUGACACGGCUGUAGAAGCCGAGGAUGGGGAGGAUUCUGGCGAGGAGAAAAUAUCGUCGGCUUUGUUUGUUCCCCACCAGAGCGUGGAAGUGGACGCGUUGCCAACGCCCCUGCGCGGGAGUUCCUCCUGCGCGAGCUUGAAUUCGACAGCACCCUCGGUCAGCACGCGAAAAUCCUCUCGCGAUAACUUCCACGACUGGCACCCCGCCGAACAUGCAAAUCACAUGAGCCCGGAAGAGUUGAGUUUGGAAGAGUACGGACGGACGCCUCGUCCAGCACUCAGGGACCACCAGUUUGCCAUCAAAGAGCAGCUGAGACAGGGGACACAGACAGGUCUGAUCUCAGUAGGGAUCGACAGCUCAAAAGGGUCGGCACAACCGUCGCGACCUGCAUCACAGUACUUUGAAGAGACAGUGCAGGAGCCGGAACCCAUUCUACACCAGCCACUAGACGCAAUCGAGCUCAUCCCGUACAAGCACCAAGUCGGAGGUCAUACCACCUUGUGGCGAUUCUCCAAGCGCGCCGUAUGCAAGCAGCUGACCAACAGAGAGAACGAGUUCUACGAAACAAUUGAGCGUUACCACCGUGACCUGCUUCCUUUCUUGCCGAGAUACAUCGGGGUCCUCAACGUGACGCUACACAAACAGCCGCGACGCAGGUCCACGUUUAAGAGGGACGACAACGCAGCGACGGACCGGAAGCAAAUAAGCGAACUCAGUACGCAGAUCAAAGCCAGCGGUGGAAGCGGAUCGUCCUUGGCUCAAGACGAAACCCGAGUAAUUAGCCAGUCUCUCCAGGCUUCACAAACACAGGUGCCUACAGUGACGUUCAUCGACAACCAACACAUCCUACCGAGACACCUGUUACAGCCGGCAAUCGGCACGACCGGCGUGCCGAAAUAUUUAUUCGGGGACUAUUCUAUGGAACAGGCCGAGACGCCAUCCCAUCUGCAGUCGGUAAACGAUGAAGGGCCACACGGGUCUGUACGCUCGGGGCAAUCUAGUGCUAUGAUGCAGCGGCCGGUUCUAGAGGAACGCCAUGCUAAUAGCUGGGGAGCCACCAUGGUGAACAAGAGAUUGCGCAACGAGGUGUUCAACGACGCCUUCCUGAAGCAGCCAGUCGACGUUCAAAAAUACCAGAAAGCGAGCACUAGGGCCAUCCCUCGCAAGGCGCUACAGCAUAUACUCCGUCAGGCCAAUUCUGAAACCAGUCUGACAGUCCAGCGCGAGGACAAGGAAAGCACGGAUGCGCCCCCUGCGAGCGGGUUGUCGCAGGCGCUUCUGCUGCAGGACAAGGGCGAUCUAGGGGUGGUCGACCACAUGGACGAAGAAGUCAUCAUUGAUGGCGACGCACCCGAAGACGUGACUGGCACUAGUGCUCCGGAGGCUCAUGUUGUCGCCGACCAGCUUCGCCCACGCCAUAAACGGCGGCGGUACUCUGGCACAGGCCUUAGACGGAGACCUAGGAAUGUUUCCGACCCCAGAGGAGACCUAAAGUAUUACGAGGGGCCAGAUGAAGCUGCCUACAAGGCUGACAUUGAAGACAUGACUGCUAUCAAUACCAACACCAAUACCAACACUAGUCGAUCAUCGUUUACCACGUCGGUGGAGGCUACUCCCGGAGAACAGUCUCCUGAAAUCGACCAGACAGCACAGGAUUGGACAGCCACGGAUGGUAGCAACAAUGUCAGCACGAGCAGCACAACUCCGGCCCUUGCGAUUAAAAAGAACCCACUGCGCAGCCGGGGACACAACGAUGCCACUCCCACUGCAGUCACGCCGUAUCGUGCUCCUACUGCAUCAGCCAUGUCACCGACACCGGCUUUUAGAAAGAUUCCGCGACCAGUCAAUCCCAAGGAGGCGCAGAGACAGACCGGUUCCAGACAGGAAUUCUUUUUGUUGCUAGAAGAUCUCACGGCGGGCAUGAAGCGGCCGUGUAUUAUGGAUCUGAAGAUGGGCACCCGGCAGUACGGCGUGGACGCAACGCCUAAGAAGCAGCUGUCGCAGCAGCGCAAGUGUGCCACCACUACAUCGCGCGAGCUCGGCGUGCGGGUCUGCGGAAUGCAGGUCUGGGACGUGAGCAAGCAAUGUUACCUCUUCCGAGACAAAUACUACGGGCGCAACGUCAAGGCCGGGCAAGAGUUCAGGGAUGUGCUGCGGCGCUUUCUGUGUGACGGCAAGGACUCACGGAGCGUUCUUCGACACAUUCCUAACAUGCUGCACAAGUUGGGUCAGCUGGAGGCUAUCGUGCAGCGGCUUCGCGGAUACCGGUUCUAUGCGGCGAGCCUGCUCGUGUUCUACGACGGCGACCAGACUGAGCCGACUGACGAGAUGACCGAAGACGAGAUGGCCGUGGAGGACUCGACCGAUUUCUUCACCGACACGGAGGACAUGCGCGAAGAGCUCGUGCGGCGGCGCCGACAUCACCACCGAAACAGGCGCAAUAUCGACUUCAAGAUGGCAGACUUUGCCAACAGCGUGACGGCCGCCGAUCUGGCCAAGGAUCGGCCGUGUCCACCGCAGCAUCCGGCCGAUGUCGAUCGCGGCUUUUUGCGCGGCCUGCGGACGCUGCAACUCUACCUUCGGCAGAUUCAACGCGACGUCCGGACAGAGCUUGGCCUCGCCUGCCAGCUGCGCGAGAUGGACGUUGGCGAGCUCUCGCUGGAGGACUCGGCCGACGAGAACGAUGAAGACGGCCUGGUCAGUGCAUAG